AUGCUCAGCUUUUCAAAACGUAAGCAAGAACACCUGUUGAGAAAGAAUGUAUUGAUACAAUUAGAAAAUUUAGAUGGCGAUUAUACAGUGGGUGAUGAUAGUGAUUCAUGGACUUAUACCAUUUCAAUCACCAACUUCACAAUUAUUUUACCCAUCAAACCUCACCUUAUACUCAAAAGUAGAACUAUU